AUGAAAAACCAGGAGAAGGAUGGCACCAAGAUUACAAGAAUAGCUAUUGGUGAUCCACCGCAAGCACAACAUUCAGGAGUCGCCAGCACAUCUUCAAAAAAUUGGUGGGGUGACGGGUUGCCUCCGCCGUCAUUGAGGACUACUGUAGGUCGGCCACAACCUGCACCUCGUGUUUUUCAUGCAAAGAACAAACAAGAUGCCAAUGAGAUACCACGCGCUGAGGAAGACAAUCACGAUCUAGAGACAAGAUGGAAGAAAGCCCGCGAUGAAGAAGACUCCACUAAGGUCCUCACACUCUCCGAAAUAGAGGAACGUUUGGCUGCCUUACGAGGCUGUGAUGUAGAGGUUAUUCGUCGGCCACGUUGUAUGUUCGAGACAACAGAAAAGCCUCGCCCAUCAGGGAAAACUGCAGAAGAACUUAUGAAAGAGGCAAGAGAUCUUGCCGAACUCGAAGAAAAGUAUGAUAUGGACAAGGAAAUGGAAAAGCGAUUCAAACGUUUGAAAUAUGAAGAUGAGUCACAUCCCAUGGAAACUGCAGACGGAGCUGAGGCGAACCAGCUCACUUCAGAAGCAUCCAAUGAGCCACGAUUAUCUACGGUGUCAUCAGCGACUGCUUUUAGCGAAGCUACAGCGAAUGAGUUAGAAGAAAUCAAAAGGUUAAUGGAAGACGCAGAAAAAAGGGUCAAAGCAAGUGAAGCGGAUAACAAACACGUUCAGCAAGAGAUGAAGACUGUAUUGGCUGCCACUCGACAGAAAUCGCUUGAAUUGGAAAAAGUGAAUAGAGAAAUCGGGCAGUUUUGGAAUAAACAACUGGACAAGGUUGAGUUAUCUGAGUCGGACGAGGACGACGUUGACGACGAAGUCGUGAAAAAGAUUAUAUUGGAAGCGGAAAACGCGACUCCGGAUAUUCCUGAAGAUCCAGCUGAAAGAGCCGCUGCUACGACGCCGACGGUGCAGUCACCGUCACCCAAGAAAGCUGGUAUAUUCAGUAAGAUAUUUCGUCGGUGA